AUGAGAAAAAGCAGAUACACAGAGGAACAGAUCAUUGGAUUCCUCAAACAAGCAGAGGGCGGCAUGCCAAUUGCCGAGCUGGGCAGAAGACAUGGCUUCAGCGAUGCCAGCUUUUACAAAUGGCGAGCCAAAUUUGGCGGCAUGGACGCCGAUGAGGCUAGGCGCUUGCGCGAGUUGGAGGCUGAGAAUGGCAAACUCAAACGCUUGUUGGCUGAAGCCCAUUUGGACAUUCAUGCAUUAAAAACCGUUCUCGGCUCAAAGUAG